AUGCAAGGUAUUCUUUAUGAAAUUAUCGAAUAUUUCCAAUAUGAAAAUAAGGAUUAGCUCAAAUGUGAACUUGGCUUAAACCGAAUAGGUCAUAUCGAUUGGAUACCGAAUGAAAAAUGGAUUAAAUACACAAUAAAUUUGAAGAAUUGUAUUCGCUUAAGGGAUUUAAUGUUUUGGAUUGUAAUUAUAUACUUUAUUCUAAUCAGUAAAAAGGACUGGUAUUAAUGUCAAUAGAAUAGAUCUUGAAAUUAUGCAGAAGUUUAUUGAUUAAAGUUGACGAGUUGAAACAAAAUAAAUUAAAUCAUUUUUAUUUAACAUCUGAUAGAAUAUGGUUAAAACUUAAUUAAAAUAGCAAACUACUCACCAUUUCUUAAAAUGAAAUUUAAUAUGACAUUGUAUUUACAGGCUUUCAGUGCCCAAUUUUUGAAUCUGAUUCAUAACAAUAAGACGCCUCCAUUUCUAUUUUAAAUAUAAUCAAUUAAUUAAUUCAAGAUGUUUAGUUUGCUUUUAAAGAAUUACCAUAUACAUAACAAUAUUAUAACUGUAAUUUUUUAUCUCUGGGAAAUCAUAAAGAUGUUUUCUAAGCAGAGUCAGAGAUUGAUUAAUUAAUAAAAUUAUAUAAAUAGUUUCCAAAUUAUGACCCUUAUAUAAAGGAAUUCUAAUAACAUAUUUGUAAAAGAAGUGAAUUAGAAAAAUACUUAGGAAAUUAUUUAUUUGAAAUUGUAUCUUUUUCAUAUUCAUAUGAAAGUUUUCUUAUGGAGAAUUUCAUUUUUGGAAUGAUACCAAUGCUGGGUGGGUGCAUAAGGGACAAUGAUUUAAAAGAAUUAGAACAAAAUUCAUAUGACAUAUAUCUUUAAGAAUAAAAGCAAUAUUGGGAAGACUUUAUAAGAAAUACAUUUAAAGAUAAAACACUUAAGUAAUUAAGAGAAAUAUUUGAAGAACUUAAAAAGUAGGUUAAACUUGAAAUCUCAAAAGAGGAUGAACAAAUGAUGACUGAUCAAAUUCUUAAAGAAAUAAAAAACAUUUGUAUCUUCAAAUAUUUUUUUAAUUCUAAAUGGGCUUGGAUAAAUUAAAAGUGCGAAGAUUAGUUUAUAAAAAAUCUUUUGCCUUCAUUAGAACAGAUUACUAAUUUGAGAGUGAAGUUAUGGAUUUAAGAAAUGUGUUUACAAUUUCUAAAUGAACUAAUUUGA